CUGGGACUACUAAAAUCUGAGUGAGCCGGGGGGGCGUACGAGGCGAGGGCGAGCCCGCGCAGAGGGUGGACACUGUGGAGCAAAGAGGCGAGAUAAGGAGCCGCAAAAGGCUGCAGAUCCCUGGGUAGGAGACUUAGUAUUCAUAAAGCCUCGCCAUUCACCCAGCCCCCAGAGAUGGCAGAACCCACUGCCUCAAAAAAGGAUUUGCCCGCUGUUGUGGACCCAGACUGCAGCAAAAGAGUGAAAGAGGAGGAGCACCACCAGCCUGAUGAACCAAAAAGGAAGCUCAGAGGCAAGCGUGAACACUCGGCGGCUAAAACCUGCCAGCAAGUGGAUUUCUGGUUUUGUGAGGAGUGCAAGGAGUACUUUGUGGAGGAAUGCCCGGCCCAUGGUGCCCCUGUGUUCGUGUUGGACACCCCAGUUCCUCUUGGGGUUCCAGACCGCGCGUCCCUAACCAUCCCCCCGGGGAUUGAGAUCAUCCGUGAGCCGGGUGUGGAGACUGACGCCUGCUGCAUCGACAAGGUCCUCAAGAAAGGGGUGCUGUUCGGACCCUACGAAGGAGAAGUUGUCUCGCAAGACAAAUCCUCUGGAUUUUUCUCUUGGAUGAUUGUUGACAAAAAUAACAGAUACAAAUCGAUUGACGGCUCGGAUGAAACUAAAGCUAAUUGGAUGAGGUACGUGAUGAUCUCCAGGGAGGAGAACGAGCAGAACCUGAUGGCUUUCCAGCACGACGAGCGGAUUUAUUUCCGUGCGUGUCGGGAUAUCCAGCCAGGGGAGAGGCUGCGGGUGUGGUACAGCCAGGAGUACAUGAGGCGUCUGCACAGCAUGUCCCAAGAGAGCAUCGACCGGAACCUGGCUGGAGGGAUGGUAAUUAUGGAAAAAUCGGAAGAGCUCAUUGGAAAUAAGCAGGAAGCGAAAGGAACGGUCCUCCGGUCUGCUCUUAGAGGAGGGAGAGUCGCGAGCAAGAGGCUAAACGAGGACGGUGAUUGUCUGCCCCAAGCCAAGAAGAAGAAGAUAGACCUCAUUUUCAAAGACGUUCUAGAAGCCUCUCUGGAAGCCUCGAAGAACAUGGAAGCAAACCCCCUGCAGCUGAACCACGCCCUUCCUCUGCGGAAGACCAGGGCGCACCGCGUCGAGGACGUGUUCGAGCAGCACAGGACCUCCUCUGUCCAGAGAGGUCUGGAAUACAAGCCCCCGGCCCAGCUGUCUGCUUUCUUCACCGCAGGAGGUGGUCAGUCUGAAAGUGAACUUGACCUGUGCUGUGUGAAAGAAGAUCCCGAGGACGUACCCGGGACCUCGUGUGAGAGGCAGCCGGACAAGAGCCCCUCGACCUCUUUCUGUCCAAACUGCGUGAAGCUUACGAAGAAAAUAAGGCAACUCCAGGCAGAGCUGGAUCGGCUAAGGUCUGUCCAGCACCCUGAACCCCUGCGGCUGCCGUCGCUGCCCGUGCCUUCUCAGCCAGAUGAACUGAGAGCUUCAGAAGCCAUGACCCCCGUACCUGCAGUGGAGGAAGACGAGCAGGACGUUGAUUCUGCGGAUGAGUCCAUAGCAACGGACUUGAUGGUUGUCACAGAUGAAGCCUCCAAAAUGGCCAGCGGCCCCGGCAGAAGGAUCCGUCGUUUUAAACAGGAGUGGCUGAAGAAGUUCUGGUUCCUGCGCUAUUCCUCUACGCUGAACGAGAUGUGGUGCCAUGUCUGCCGCCAGUACACCGUCCAGUCCUCAAGAACCUCCGCUUUCAUCAUUGGAUCCAAGCAGUUCAAGAUCCACACCAUCAAGCUGCACAGCCAAAGCAACCUGCACAAGAAGUGCCUCCAGCUCUACAAGCUGAGGAUGCACCCAGAAAAGACGGAAGAGAUGUGCAGGAACAUGACCGUUCUCUUCAACACCGCCUACCACCUGGCCCUGGAAGGGAGGCCUUUCUCUGACUUCCGACCCCUCGCUGAGCUCCUGAAGAAAUGCGAGCUCAAAGUGGUGGACCAGUACAUGAACGAGGGGGACUGCCAGAUGUUGAUCCAUCACAUUGCCAGAGCACUUAAGGAGGAUCUCGCUGAGAGAAUCAGACAGUCUCCGUUCCUCAGCGUCAUAAUGGAUGGGCAAAGUGAAGAUAUCCUUGCAGAUACGGUAGCCGUCUAUGUGCAGUACACAACCUGCGACGGUCCCCCCGCUACAGAAUUCCUGUCCCUGCAAGAACUGAGCUGUGGUACCAGUGAUGGUUACCUCCAAGCUAUUGAUAGGGCUUUUGGAGUUUUGGGUAUGAGACUGCAGGAUGAGCUGAUUGUUGGCUUGGGCAUCGAUGGAUCCAAUAUCUCUUCUGGACUGAGAGCAAAUUUGUUCGUCACAAUCAGAAAAACCCUGCCCUGGGUGCUUUGCCUUCCGUUCAUGAUCCACCGGCCCCACUUGGAAGUUCUGGAUACGAUAAGUGGUAAAGAACUUUCCUGCUUGGAAGAACUGGAGAACAACUUGAAACAGCUGCUCAGCUUCUAUCGCUAUUCCCCCAGGAUGAUGGCUGAGCUGAGGGCAACGGCACCUACCCUUUGUGAAGAAACUGAAUUCUUGGGGGAUAUACGAGCAAUCAGGUGGAUCAUUGGGGAGCCGAACGUCUUGAAUGCUUUGAUAAAGGACUAUCUGGAAGUGGUGGCCCAUCUCAAAGAGAUCAGCAGCCAGACCCAGAGAGCGGAUGCUGCUGCUAUCGCUUUGGCGUUACUUCAGUUCCUCAUGGACUACCAGUCUAUUAAACUCAUCUAUUUUCUGCUGGACAUCAUCGCAGUUCUCUCUCGCUUGGCUUUUGUCUUCCAGGGUGAUUACCUUCUCGUUUCCCAAGUGGACUCUAAGAUGGAAGAGUCCAUUCAGGAGAUCAGUAGGCUGGCUGACUCCCCAGGCGAAUACCUGCAGGAGUUUGAGGAAAACUUCAGGGAAAGCUUUAAUGGCGUUGAUCUGAAAAACUUAAGAGUGGCUGAAUCCAAGUUUCAGUCCAUCAGGGAAAAGAUCUGCCAGAAAACCCAAGUGAUUCUAACGCAGCGGUUUGAUUCCAGGAGCAGGUCGGUUGUCAAAGCUUGCCAAGUACUUGACCUCACCACGUGGCCAAGGAACACAGAGGAUCUGAUGACCUACGGGGAGGAGGAGAUACUGCUCAUCUUCCAGCACCUGGAAACCGUGCCGUCUGUGGCAAGGGAGAUUUCCAGAGACAGGGGCGACGUUCGAGGAAGCUUGGUGGUGGAAUGGCGAGAUCUGAAAGCGGAUUACUACAGCAUGAAUGGAUUUAAGGAAGUGGUUGGUCACAUUUGUAAAUACAAGCAGAGAUUUCCACUCCUGAAUGGAAUUGUCCAGGUCAUCAAGGUUUUGCCAACCUCUUCAGCUUGCUGCGAAAAGGGUCGGAGCGCCCUACAGAAAGUCCGGAGGAAUUGCAGGUCCCGUCUCACUCUGGAACACACCAACGACCUGUUGACGCUGGCUGUCAACGGCCCACCCAUAGCAAACUUUGAUGGUAAAAGGCCAUUGGACAGCUGGUUCGAAGAAAAGUCAGGGAACAGUUACUCGCUGUCAGCUGAGAUGUUAAGCAGAAUAUCUUCAGUUGACCAGAAGCCAGUUCUCAGUGGAAUGGACCUGAAUGCUGAAUUGUACCCUGACAUUUGACCAGGGACAUAACCACCACAAGAACAACUUAAAUGACUUAAAGUGUUGAAAUGGAUUAUGGAAUGGAGUUAUCACAAAACUCCAGGAAAUAGGAUUUGUCAAAUAAAAAUGACAUCAGAGAGCGGCAGUAGAAGUAUUGCUGAUUUUAGUAGGACUUUGAAGAGGUUUAUUAGAAAACUUGAUUAAUAAAAACUGACAUUUAUAGUAAGAAAUUAUACAUAAAAUGUAUUCCAAUUUGGCACUUAAUAAAUCCCUAUACGCACUUAUUAGCAAGUUGGUUACACCUGCGUCCAGAUACCAAAUGGAUCUAAGAGAGUGGGUAUUUAUUUUAGUUCUUUUAGUUCCAAGGCAUGCUUAAGCACAUGCAGUUUGACAUUGCUCUUCUGCAAGCUUCAGGGAUAGCCUUUCAUUCCUUGCUGGAGUAUCGUCAGCACUCUGGGCUUUUUCAUGGGUUUGAUUGGCAACGACCCAAAGGUUUUCAAGAUGUCUUCUACAGGGCUAUGAGCAACAUAGACUAAUUAAGCAAAAUAAUAAAUGUUCCUUUGGAAUACCUUCUUGCUGACGCAGCUAAUCAAUCAAUUAAAACAUUUGUGUCUUAAAAUGCCAAUGUAUAGAUAAACUGGAUAAAUGACAAUUAUUUGUAUGUUUAUAUUUAAAAGCCAUGUUUAUCAUCAACUCACUGAAUCAGUCAUUAAAUAAGAGUUUGUGAGAUGCCUAGACUAUUUUAUACAUAUAUAUGUACAGUAUGUGUGUGUAUAUAUAUAUAUAUAUAUAUAUAUAUAUAUAUAUAAUAUAAUAUAGGCUACAAGUAUGGUAAAUAUGUAAGAAGUGUUUUGGGAUAUUUAGCUUUAUUGCACCUGAAGUUUACAGGUUAGGAGCAAUUCGCACUUAUGCUAAAAAUCUAAGCCCAUGUCUUAGACAUACAGUGGCAGUUUGCAUGCUGCUAAAUUAAAAGAAAUCUAUAAAUAUAUAUUAUAUUGUUUGAUAAGGUCUUAGUUGUGUUUUCGAAUGCUUCUUAUUGGUAAAGUAGCCUCUUUUUCUGAUGUGGCUCUCUGCUCACAGUAAAAAGAAGAGAGAUGCGCUGAUUACAACCUGCAGCAGGUGUCAGUGCAACACAUGUCCUUGCAUGUGAGCACUUCGGUGUCUCUGGGGCUGUAGAAAGAGGAGGAUGCCGGGGACUACAGGCUGUUGUUUUUCUCCUCGUGCGCUAGGAAGCUGAAUUGGGAUUCAGGCAUUGUCCCAGCUUGCUGUCUUCUUGGUUAAACUGAUCGCCAGGAUGCUCUUGCUGUAGCUGCUGCUUCUGUAGUCCAAACUAGCUUGCCAAAUCACAGCAAAAUGCAGGGUUUUGCUGGACUUGUACCAC